CCUUCAAUAAACCAAAGAUUCAAUUAGAUCAAAUAAAAUCUCAAAAGAAAUGGAGUUUAAAAUAUAUUAGUAAUCGAGUUAUGAUGGAAUUAUCACAUGAAGCUAUGGCUUGUAGUGAUAUUUGCUAAUAAUUGACAGAUGAAAUGAUAUAAGAGUUUGAUGGAUAAUAAAAUGAUAGACAAAAGGAAAUCAAAAAUCUUAGAAGAAGAGUUUAUGAUGCUUUAAAUGUAAUGAUUUCUAUUGGAAUUGUUGUUAAAGAAAAAAAAUUAAUGAGAAAAAAUGCUGAAACCCAAGUUAAUCUAACAAAGUAGAAUUUAAUAAUAAGAAAAGUAAGAAAUUAAAAUUAAUUUUAACAGCAAAAAUUAAAAGAAUAAUUAUAAAUAAAAAAAGCCUCAGCAACAAAUAAAAUAAAAGAAUAAGAAAGUCUUAAAAAAUUAGUAGAAUUAAACAAAAUGAGAGAUGUCGAUGAAAGUGAGAAGAUUAGAUUCCCAUUCAUUUUUGUCAAAACAUAAUUAAAUAAUUCUGAUGAAGUAUGCUAUUUUAGUUUAACUAAAUAGGAUGAAUUAGUACUUGAAUAAAAUAAAACGAUGGAUUAUUUGAAGGUCUUUAGUAAAAACUAACUUGAUCUCUAGUUUGAUCUUUUUGUAGUACAAAAAUUAUUUCAAAGUGAACAUAUGAUAUUGUGA